GUCUGCAACAAGGAAAUACAAUAACGGGUAAAAAAAAAAUCGUCGUGAUAGUUCGGAGAAUCAAUUCAGGGAGUGUCCAGGAUCAGUUUUCCUUAACCAGGGGGGUUAAGGAAUUGCAAAAAGACUUAAAUCGAGUAAUGUGCAGCGAGAGACUUCAUAAAUAUUCCGACGGUCAGUGGAUACUUAGGGAAUAGUGUUCAUAGUUCUUAAAACUUUUGGGGAAAAAAACUACAAAAGUUGGUUUUCUAGGUGAGCUUGGGAAACUGUAUUACAACUCAUUACUGUAAACUGGCAAUUGUCAAUAUUUAAUUGAUACAUUUAUGACGGCAAUUUAACUUGUCAGCAGACCAGUGUUUAUUGCUCAUUGACUGCGUUCCAUGCUGGGCUGCUUCACUGCAGUUGAACCGACCAGGCAAAGACGACAGACUUUCCAUUUUGUUUCCAAAUGAUGUAGAAAGAAACCAUUUCGACCUGUGUUUAUUUGCCGACUCACCGAAAAACCUCAGAAGCCCCCCCCCCCACUAACUUUCCGUGUAACCUAUUCCACACUCGGAUUCCGUUCACCUCAUCCCGAGGGGCAACUCCCAGCGGCCAAUUAACCCACCGAUCCUGCGCGUCUUUGGGAUGUGGGAGGGAACAGGAACGCCCGGGGGAGGGGGUGGUCAGCGAACACAACUCCACUCAGGCAGCACCAGGGGUCAGGAUUAAACCCGGGUCACCGGAGCUGGAAGCGGAGGCCCCGCUAACCGCGCCUCUGGGCCGCCCGCUGUUCCCUUCCUCCCCCGAGGAACGCGAGGGAACAGGUGGACUUUUUAUUAAGCAACAGUCCGCGGUUAUUUUUGCGAUUAUAUUGACAAACUGACCUUCCAUUAAAUAAUGUUUUAAUUGAAUCUAAAUCCCACACUGACAGAUCUCCGGAUUUUUGGGCCAGGCCCCUGAACCAUUAAUUCAGUACUCACUUGCUAGCGGUGCUUAAGAACAUCAGAGGAAAGGAAGCGGCUGACAAGGUGCCAAAAAAGACCGGAGCCCGAACAUUUGAAACGUUCGGGAAUUCAACAGACGUGGAUAAAGUGGAGUGCAAGAAUUAACUUAAGUGAAAGACCCUUCACUGGGGCUUCGUCUAUCAUCCCCUGAAAGACAGAGCCACUGAAAGCAGCUCUUGGCUCAGAGGAAGGAAGCUGCCGAAUGAUUUGUGCAUCUCCGCUGCUCUGGAGGAGGCAGAAAGUGUCGGUCCUCACCACAAAACUGCUGCUGCUUACAGGACGAUUGGGUCCCGUCCAUAAAGUGUGCAGGUCGGGGCUCGAGAAUGGAGUCUUCGUUCAUGGAAUGCAGGCAGCCACAAAACAAAGAGACCCAGAAGAAUGCAUAAAAUCAAAGAAGUCCAUCGAACAGCCAAUGUGCAGAGAGAAAAAAAACACAAAUUGUGCAUUCAUUAAAAGCUGCAAAUUCGUUCGCCCCGGCAGAGGACGCCGCCAGCGUGGUGUUUGAUUGGGUCCGAUCGCUGUCAAUUAUAUGAUGGGCCUUCCGGCCUAUCUUAGCGCCGCGGGCGUUGGCGAUUUUCGCGCAGGUGAGACCGGCCGUGCUGGGCCGGAGCUGGACGGCGAGAUCGCGAGUUGGUUUAUAUGAAUCUUUUCCUGGUCUCUGUGAAGGAAAUACAUUUACUUUCAAAGUGGUUUUCGAGUACUGCCAUGCGUGGUUUGUGCCGUGAGCUGUGGAUUCCAGUUCCCUGGGGCCACAUUGCAGCCAAAGUCUGGGGGAGCCCCGAUGGGCGGCCUGUGCUAUGCCUGCACGGCUGGGCAGAUAAUGCAAACUCUUUCGAUCGGCUCAUCCCUCUGCUCCCGGACGAUUUCCAGUAUGUGGUGCCGGACUUUCCAGGGCAUGGGAUCUCAUCGCACCGGCCCCCUGGUAUAUCGUACUACAUGUCCGAAUACGUCUUAGAUGUGCGGAGGAUCACAGAGAACUUAAACUGGAAGAAAUUCACCAUCAUGGGCCACAGCAUGGGGGGCAAUGUCGGAGGACUGUUCUGCUCAAUUUUCCCAGAGAUGGUGGAUAAACUGAUUUUGCUGGAUUCUUAUGGGUUCCUUCCGCUUACUAAACACACGCAAGAAGAACAACUUAAGAAGGCAUUCGAUGAUCUUAUAAAGCUGGAGAAGGAGCAGGGAUCGCCCAGAGUUUAUACUCCAGACACAGCUCUAAAGAGGCUCUUGCAAGGAAGUGGGUCGCUAUCAGAGGAAAGUGGCCGACUCCUGCUUCAGCGUGGAUCCAGGGAGGUACCUGAAGGUAUUGUGUUCACUAGAGAUUUGAGAAUCAAUCUGCUCACUCCUGUAAGGAUAUCCAUUGACCAGUGUCUACAGUUUCAGAAGAACGUAAGGGCAGCUGUACUUCUUAUUUUGGCAGAGAAUAGAUUGUCUAAGGACGAAAAGAUAAAGCCGGAUUGCCCGCCGUACAGUCUCUUAGUGGAGGGAUACCGGAAUGUCGUAACGAAGAUGAGGGUGAUGAUGCCCUUCCGCAUGGAUUCUGACAUGCUGCCUGCCAGGAGCGUAGCAUUGUACACUUCCAGCAGGUCGGGGCCCAUCUGGUUCCACAGAGCCGAAUACAACUCAACCGGUAAGCCAUCACUUCGGGAGUGUAGUCAUUAUAAUGAAGUAAGAGUAUUUUCAGAAAUACUCAUGAUAGCAAAAUGUCUUGCCAGUGUUGCAACAGCUGCAGUACUUCCUGUUGUAUUUGUGGCAAGUAUAUGCUUAACUGUCAAAGAUGGAGCAUGACUCUUAAGAAAGCCUAUGAGCUCUAUUUGGGUGUAAAAUUUGCGACCAAGACAAGUCUGGGCUCCUUGUAUCUGUUGCACAACAUGUGCUGUUGAUCUUAGAGCUACUCAGAAACUAAUGCUAUUCAUUGUCUCGAGGAUGUGGUGCGACCAGAAGGAUCAUGUGACAAGACUUACUUUCGUCUGAUUAGUGGUUUCUCUGCUAUGAACAAGAAAUCUCAUUGAAUACUCCAGUCUCCUUUCACCAUGUGACCUGUGACAACAGUCUUCCAGUACCAAAGCUACCAGAAACAUGGAGUCUAGAGGGGGCAGACAAAGUUGCCAUGAUGCACGAGCCAGGAAAGGAAAAUGACGCUGAUACAGAUUUCGAACUCUUUAUGUCAAGUGAGCCUCAUCUAAUAACUCAACUACCUGGUCAGAGACUUGGGUUUGUCAAAGGUGUAGCAGAAUUACUGGGUUCAAGAUUACCAGGAUAGAAUCUGCUGUCACUUGGCACAAAAAUUUCCAUGAAGGAUUUCAAUAUUUGAGACAGGUUUUUCCCAGAUGCCAAGAUUAGGAAGGUAUUUUUGUUGGUCCACAAAUCAAACAGGUCAUCAAUGACUGGCAACUCGAACCUAUAGUGGAAACGGAGAAAAUCACACGGAAGGCAUUCAAGGAUGUUGUUGGAAAUUUUCUUGGCAGUGACAGAGCACCAAACUGUUCAGCUAGUUGACAAUGUGCUUCAAGCAUACAAAACCGUGAAGUGCAAUGUGUCACUAAAGAUCCACUUUCUGCAAUCCCAUUUAGUCUUCAUCCCUGCAAAUCUUUCUGCUGUCAGAGAGGAACAUGGUGAAUGGACUCACCGGGGCAUUGCAGUCAUGGAGAAAGGGCGUCAGGGCAAGUAGAAUCGAUCAAUGUUGGCUGGUUAUUGUUGGACACAGGCGAGAAGUCUCAGGCACUUGAGUACAAAUAAAGAUCAUCAACAAAACAGUUUUAGUUGAACCAUUGCAAAGUGUCAGCGCCGUUAUAAAUGCAUUAUGUUCAAUAAAAGUUAAUUUAUUGUUUCACCGAAUUCCUUUGUGAUACAAGUAGUCUGAAAUUGUGUUCAGCUUCAAGUGAUGUAUCAUAACCACAAAAUGUUUCUGAGGAAGCAAUGCUUCCAAAAAAAAUUGAUGCCCAGUGUUGCUGGAAGCAUCCUCUCCACAUCCACUCUGUCUAGCCCUUUCAAUAUUUGAUAGCCUUCAAUGAGAUCCUCCAUCAUCCUACCAAAUUCCAGCGAGAGGUGUCAAAGGCCCAGAGGUGUCAAAUACUCCUCCCAUGUUAACCCUUUCAUUCCUGGGAUCAUUUACAUAAACCUCCUCUGGACCCACGCCAAUGCCAGCACAUUCUUUCUUUGAUAUGGGGCCCAAAGCUGCUGAUGGUACUCCAAAUGUCUUCUGACCAAUGCCUUAUAAACUCUCAGCGUGAUGUCCUUGCUUUUAUAUUCUAGUCUUUUCUCAAAAUUGAUGCCUAUAUUUUAUUUGCCUUGCUCACUGCCAAUUCGGACUGCAAGCUAACCUUUAGGGAAUCCUGCACUAGGACUCCCAAGACUUUUUUGCACGUACAAUUUCAGAAUUUUCUCUCUGUUUAGAAAAUAAUCUACGCCUUUUAUUCCUUCUAUCAAAGUGUAUGACCAUACACUUCCCUACACUCUAUUCCCUUUGCUACUUCUUGGCCAGUUCUCCUAAUCAGGUCAAAUCCUUUUGCAGACUCUCUGUUUCCUCAACACUACCUGCCCCUCCAUCUACCUUUAUAUCAUCUGCAAACGUGGCCACAAAGCCAGUAAUUUCAGCUUCCAGAUCAUCAGCGUAUAACGUUAAAAGAAGUGGUCCCAGACUGACCUUUGUGGAACACCAUCAUUUACCGGUGGCCAACCAGAAUGAGCUCCUUUAUUCUCACUCUACCUUCUUGCUGGUCAGCCUAUUUUCUGUCCAUGCUGGUAACUUUCCUGUAAUACGACGGGCCCUUACCUUGGGUUAGCAACCUCAUGCGUUAUCAAAGGUCACAGGCGGCUGGCUGAACAAUGGAAAAUGCUCAUGGACUGAGUCAUAAGGUCACUCUGCUCUUUGUUAUCAGAAAGUCCCAACACAAUUCAAGGCCAUGCUGAUUAAAGUACUUGUGUCAGCUGUAGUUUGGCAAUUUGAAUUCCUCAAUUACAAGGUUAUUUAUACUUCCAGGGAGUUAUUUCUGAACUUCUUCCAGGUGUCGCACUUAAAAUUCUGUGAUUAUCCGGACCUGGUCUUUGUCUGUUAAUAGUGAGGUUGAUAAAUAACUUGAGCUUUUUGCUCAGGAACUUCAUAGGUUUCCUUAAAAAGGUCACUGGAGCCAUUCACUGACCCAAGAACUGCUGCUGGAAACAAGGCAGCAGAUAACUUGCUCCAUGUUGCCUGGCCAAUGAACCUACUUUCAAUUGCUGUUAAUUGGAAUGUUAUCACAGAACUCCCCACUUCUGGUUAUGCAUUACAGGAUGGUCUGUCUCUCUGCCAGAGCAACCAAGUGGUGGACAACAUGCCCAGUGAGAAGCCUUGAGGAAAUGGUAGAGGUGUAUGAGAAUACCUAGGAAAGGAGCCCCAGUUAUAUGGAGCUGAGGUUGCUCUCCUAGAGCAAAGAAGGUUCAAGGGAGAUUUAAUGGAGAACAGAAUACUUGUGGAUUUACGUUUAGAGAGGAAAUGUUUGCAGAAAAGGGUGGUGGAGUUGGUCUUUUUCCUCUGUGUUCAGCUUCUCGGCACAUCUCUCCCCAGUCUCUGCCUGUCUGCAUCGUGCUGUUGUCAUCUCCGUACCAUACCAGUUCAGUGCCCCCGUCCCAGCCCGAGUUCGCCUGAGAUACGAGAAUGACUGUGGGUGUUGUGUGGAAAAUGCAGAAGCCUCGUCUAAUCCAUGA